AUGCUAGUCUUUUUUACUAAAAAUAUACUAUUUUCAACUUUAAUAUGGGCAUGGGAAUAUUCCUGUAAGUUAACCACAUGCAGUAAAUCAUGGAAUGAGGUAUUCUACAGUAAUAACACAUUUAAUGUAAGAUGUAGUAGAUUAUUAUAUAGUGAAACAAAAUUAGAACAAGAAAAAAAAUAUGAAAUGUUAAAAAAAAGAAUAUAUAGUUUAUUAGACGAAAGUGAUGAUGCAUUUGGAGAAAGACUAAAUGCAUUAGCUCAUGAUGACCUUUUUCGAAAACAAUUUAAUAAAUUAGUACUACGCGAAGUUUCCAAAAAAGAAAUUAAUAAUUUGAUGCAAUGUAAAAAUCAUCAAAAACAACAUGAUGCAUGCAACUUUGAACAUAACAUAAAAAAAAAAUCUGAUACCUCAAAACAUUAUGAUAAUGUUGUGAAGCAUAAGAACCCAACAAAAUUAUCAAAAAAAGCAAGCUCAAAAUUUAAAUCAGACUUAUUCCACAUCAACUACAUUAAUAAUGUUCAUUCAGUUAAAUUUCGACAUAUAGUAGAGGCAUUUUCAUAUUUAAAAAAAAAAAAUAAGGUACUUUAUGCAGCUAUGUCCAUCAUAACUGUGUAUGCAUUGUUUAUGUUUUUUAUUCUAAUUAUAUCUGUUAGCAUAUUGUUCUACAUAUUCUUAAUAUCAAUGUAA